AUGCCUAAAAUCUGCAACUUGCGUGGGUACCCGCACAGCCGUUGCGUGGCCGAGCCCCAGCCGUGCAAAUCCGUGCUCCAAAACUCCCCCAACACGAGUUGCAAUCUGAUUGUUGCGCGUGGCCGAUACGUUUUUCGACCAUCGAACACACUUACCAGUUGCCAGUGUGAAACCAUCGCCGCUCACUUAUGCUAUCGCCAACCAUCUCCGAUCACUUCUGCAAUCGACAACCAUCGCGACCUCCUCUCUUCUUUCUUUUCCUUUCCUCCCUUGACUUCACGAUCCAGAUUGGGAAGGGAAUUGGUAGAGGAGGGUAUCGUAUUCAGGAGAUUCCAGAGGAUACUAAGGCCACUAUCAAGGGCCUUUAAUCCUACACUGAUAUUGGGAAAACUGUUUUGGGAGUUCCACUGUGGGUGA